UAUGUCUUAUGUUUUUAACUGAAUGGCGUAUGUGGUCAACAAAUACGACUUCCGGAAGACGCACUGAAAUCCUGAAUGGCACGUAUGGUCACCCUAGUAAAGUUAUUAUCAGUUAUUACCGAUCUGUAAAGUAAAAUUCUACCGAUGCUUUUCCAAAAACAUACACAAUUAUUUUUCUGCUUUUGCCUUGAUACUGCAAUAUGCCUGUGGACACUGCCAACUAGUGAUCUGCAUGUGUAAAUGCGCAGCAAGAACCUGUACCAGAGCAGGUUUCUGGGCCUGGCGGCCAUGGCCUCACCGUCAAGGACCUCCCAGAACCGGCGCCGGUGCAAGGAUGUGACACGUUUCAGCUUUAUCCAUCCCAGCGAUGGCCUUGCUCUGCCACGGUCUACUAGCGAUACAGAUCUGGUGUCUUUGCAAAGCCGUUCCACCCUAACAGUCAGCACCUCCCUCUAUUACAUCGACCAAACAGAGGACAUUAUCAUCUGCUGGGACAUCAAAGAGGAAGUGGAUGCUGGUGAUUGGAUUGGCAUGUACCUUAUAGAUGAGGUUCUCUCCGAAAACUUUCUGGACUAUAAGAGUCGCGGAGUGAGUGGUUCCCACAAAGGGCAGAUUGUGUGGAGAAUCGAUACCAGCUUGUACUUUAUGGAGGCUGAGACAAAGAUUUGUUUCAAAUAUUAUCAUGGAUUGAGUGGAGCUCUCCGAGCCACCACACCCAGUGUAACCGUGAGAAACCCCUCUGCCUCUGUAUUGAAGCCUGUCAUCAGUCAGGAUGUUCCUCAGUCUUUGGGAAGCAGGAGGUUGAUUAGCUUCUCUCUAUCAGACAUUCAGGCGGUGGGGCUAAAGAAAGGGAUGUUCUUUAAUCCUGAUCCAUACCUGAAAAUCGCCAUCCAGCCUGGAAAGCACAGCACCUUCCCCGCACUGCCCCAUCACGGUCAGGAGAAGAGAUCGGGCAUCAUCUGCAACACGGUGAACCCCAUCUGGAAGAGAGAGCGUUUUAACUUUGUGUCCUUGCCGACGGACGUGUUGGAGAUUGAGGUGAAGGAUAAAUUCGCCAAGAGCAGACCCAUCAUCAAGCGCUUUCUGGGGAAGCUGGUGGUGCCUGUUCAGAGGCUGCUGGAGAAACAUGCUAUUGGAGACCGCGUGGUGAGUUACACUUUAGGUCGACGGCUUCCAACAGAUCAUGUCAGUGGGCUGCUGCAGUUUCGCUUUGAGAUAACAUCCUCUAUUCAUCCAGAUGAUGAGGAGGUGUCACUCAAUGCAAUGCCAGUCUAUGAUUUGAUAUCCGACCAGCAGGUUGAGCAGGAGCCCAUUGAGGACCUACCAGCUCCUGCUGACCUACCUAUAGAGGACACUUUGAGUUUUGGGCCUGAUAUGCUAGAGAUCCCCACUGUAUGUACUGAAGAGGUAGAGACUCAGGAACUUGUGCUGCCUACAUCCCUGGCUGAACCAAGUAAGGACAUGCAACUAGAAGAGGAAGGUUUAGGGAAUGCUGAAAUGGAUGAUCCUGCAACAGGUGAAAGGGAAGAAGAGGUGCUACUGAGCGAUGCAACUCAAGGACAAACUGAAGAACAAGAAACAAAUCAAGAGCCUGUGGAGAUGCAGGAGGAAACUGUCCAAGAGGUCCAGGAAAACCAAGUUAUUGAAGACACCCGUGAAGGUGACAUGGGACCAACUGAAGAUUCAGCUGUGGAGCAUGUGGAGGGUGACGAAGGCACAGGCUCUGAACAACUGGAAGCACCGAUGGAAGGAGAUGGGAGCGAGGAAGAACCCUGCAGGAGGAGCGCCUGGAAGUGCAAGAGUCGGCCUAGCUCACUUCCUGUUUCCGAAUUAGAGACGGUCAUCGCCUCUGCAUGUGGUGAUCCUGAAACUCCGAGGUCUCACUACAUCCGCAUUCAUCAUCUGCUGCACAGCUUGCCUUCAGCCCAGCGUCACGAAAGUCAAGAUGAGGAUGAGCUACUCGACGCCAGAUCUUCAGAAGAGCUUACUGUCAAACCCGAAGAAGACAAGGAAAAUGGAGACGUGGAUGAAGAUGAGGUGUCUGAAGCUCAAUCCCCAUCUAUAGUGCUCGAAUGCCCUGGAUCAUGUUGCAGACGUACCCUGCCACGUAGCCUCUCCAUCGAGCGUCUAUCUGAACUCACUCAGCUUUUGGAGGGUGAAAGGCCUGCACCAUCCACUCCACGACUGGAUAGUGAAAACGGGGAUGUAGAGAGUGGAGGGGGGAGCCGAAGGCGACCACGGGAAAGCGAGUGUGAACUGUGUGACAAUUCCUGCUACAGUACCUCCUGCUAUAGCACGUCCUGUUAUAGUACGUCAUGCUACAGUAACUCAGGUUAUGAAGGGCGUAAUCAUCUCUGCAGCCAUACGCGCCUUUCUUCAGUAGACAGCACCCGUCUGUCGGAGAGCACCGUUUUCUCCUCGCAGGAGGAAGAGGAGGAAGAGAACAGUGCCUUUGAGUCAGUCUCGGACUCCAUGCAGAGCCCAGAUAUAAGGGAGUCAGUAGAAGGAUCAGGUCAGUGGAGGGGUUCGUCAUCUGAGGAAAGUCCUCAGAGAGAAGGUCAGGGGGAGGAGUCACCAGUUGCCGGGCCAAGUGUUAGGUCUUCAGGCCGUUGUCAUUUGCAAUGCAGUCAUCAUGCAAUCACUCAGUUUCCUGCUUUGCGGCCUGACCCAUACCUUUACCCAAGUGUUGAUGAACCAUUACCACCAAACUGGGAGGCAAGGAUUGACAGUCACGGCCGUGUUUUCUAUGUGGACCAUGUAAAUCGCACCACCACGUGGCAGAGACCCAGCCAUGCAACAAAGAGCAGCGGGAUGCAGAGGUCAAGCUCCACACAUCAGAUGGAGCAGCUUAACAGAAGGUAUCAGAACAUUCAGAGAACCAUGGCCACGGAUGAUGAACCGGCUGGUAGCGCGCCCGACAGAAACAACAGUACAGACGCAGAUGGUGAAUCUACGGCACAGCCUGCAGAUCAGAGAAGAGAGAGUUCUCCAUCACCAGUGAAUAAUCAGAACGUCACCCAGUUGCUUCAGUGUCCAGCAGUGAAGUUUGUCUCACACCCAGAAUUCUUCACGGUCCUACAUGCAAACUACGCGGCAUACAGAAUGUUUAGCAACAGUACCUGCCUGAAGCACAUGGUCUUGAAAGUACGCCGAGACGCGCGCAACUUUGAGCGAUAUCAACACAACCGUGACCUUGUCACUUUCCUAAACAAAUUUGCUGAUACUCAUCUGGAGCUCCCUAGAGGCUGGGAGAUCAAAACAGACCCACAGGGCAAGUCAUUCUUUGUGGACCACAACAGUCGUGCAACAACCUUUAUCGACCCCAGAAUUCCCCUUCAGAACGGCCGUCUGCCCAAUCACCUUACACACAGACAACACUUACAGCGACUGCGCAGCUAUAGUGCUGGAGAGGCUUCUGAGGUGUCCCGCAGCAGAGGAGCAUCACUGGUCAGCAGACCUGGAAAUGGUCUCGUAGCUUCCAUCAGAAGUCAGUAUCAGCCCGAUUCAGUGCCUCUAGCUUACAAUGACAAGAUUGUGGCUUUCCUUCGUCAACCAAACAUAUUAGACAUGCUGCAGGAACGGCAACCCAGUCUAGCCAGGAAUCACACGCUCAGGGAGAAGAUCCAUUACAUUAGGACCGAGGGCCCACAAGGUGUUGAAAAGCUGUCUUGUGACGCAGACCUGGUUAUGCUGUUAAGUCUGUUUGAGGAGGAGAUCAUGUCCUUCAUCCCGCCUCAAUCCUUUCACCCGGGCCUCAGUUUCUCUCCACGCUGCUCUCCUGGCUCCUCACCGCAGAGCUCACCUGGCUUGCAAAGGGCCAGAGCACCCGCUCCGUACCGCAGGGACUUUGAGGCGAAACUUCGCAAUUUUUACAGGAAGUUGGAGGCAAAAGGCUAUGGCCAAGGGCCAGGAAAAAUUAAGCUUCUUAUCAGAAGGGAUCAAUUAUUGGAAGGUACUUUUAAUCAAGUGAUGGCCUAUUCUCGCAAAGAGCUCCAGAGAAACAAGCUUUACAUCACCUUUGUGGGAGAAGAAGGUUUGGACUACAGCGGCCCAUCGCGGGAAUUCUUCUUCCUGUUGUCUCAGGAGCUGUUUAAUCCAUACUACGGCCUGUUUGAAUACUCGGCCAAUGACACGUAUACCGUGCAGAUAAGCCCCAUGUCUGCAUUCGUGGAGAACUAUCUAGAAUGGUUUCGUUUUAGCGGGCGAAUAUUGGGUCUGGCGCUGAUCCACCAGUAUCUUUUAGAUGCUUUCUUCACCCGUCCAUUUUACAAGGCCCUACUUAGAUUAGUGACAGAUCUGAGUGAUUUGGAAUACCUGGAUGAGGAGUUUCACCAGAGCUUGCAGUGGAUGAAGGACAAUGACAUCACAGAAAUCCUGGACUUGACCUUCACAGUGAAUGAGGAGGUCUUUGGACAGGUGACAGAAAGAGAACUGAAGUCGGGAGGCUCCAACAUUCAGGUUACAGAGAAGAAUAAGAAGGAGUACAUUGAGCGCAUGGCCAGAUGGAGGGUGGAGAGAGGUGUGGUACAACAGACCGAAGCCCUUGUUAGAGGUUUCUAUGAGGUUGUAGACUCUCGUCUGGUUUCAGUGUUCGAUGCUCGUGAGCUGGAGUUGGUUAUCGCAGGGACGGCUGAGAUCGAUUUGAACGACUGGAGAUCCAACACAGAAUAUAGAGGAGGUUAUCAUAAUGGGCACAUUGUAAUGCGAUGGUUCUGGGCUGCGGUGGAGCGUUUCAAUAAUGAACAGAGGCUGCGUCUGCUGCAGUUUGUGACUGGCACAUCCAGUGUUCCCUAUGAGGGUUUCGCAGCACUACGCGGGAGCAACGGCCUGCGACGCUUCUGCAUUGAAAAGUGGGGAAAGAUCACCUCUCUGCCAAGGGCACACACAUGCUUCAAUCGUCUAGACCUGCCUCCUUACCCAUCAUUCACCAUGCUGUAUGAGAAACUCUUAACCGCUGUGGAGGAGACCAGUAGCUUUGGACUAGAGUAAAGACAUGCAGGGCAACUACAGUUUUUUAUAAAUCUAUUACAUUUCCAAUAACUAAAUCCACAAGGGACUUUAUAGAGAUUUUUAAAGAAAAUAUAUCCUUGGAUUUGAUGAAAUGUUUUGUUUAAAAUGACUAGCAUGUUUCUGCACCAAAAACACAAAAUAGAUAUUGUAUACUGUAUAGUAUUCAGUCAUUGUGAAAAUAUGAUGGCAGGACCGUUACUGUAUGUAUGCAAUAGUAAAAACUCAACUUCACCCUACUGGAGAGACCGAGCCACUGGGUCGUAUUUGUCUCCGGCGUAACUUUGCCGGUUAUGCAUCAUCACAGUACCCUCUCUCUUAGAUUGUUGCAAUGCACACCAACUGUAAAGUAACAUCUGCUAUGACGUCCAACACCUUUCCUGGCUCUAAUCUAUUUAUCAAACUCAAAAGGACUGCAAAUUGUUUACUUUUACAUUACUUUUAGAGAUUUUGUAUUGAGGAGCUACUAUACAGUAACUACUACAGAUGCUUCCCAAGUGGUGACCCUUAAAAUCAAAUUCUGGUAUAACCACUGAUCUAUAUAAAUGACUGGAUUGCGCAUGACGUCACACUUGUGAAGCCACCGCGCCGCCAUGUUGGUAUACCCAAACUUUCUAUUAAACCAAUGGACGUUAUCAGAUUUUAAUGAUAAAACAUCACUUUACUCGUCUUCGUUUUUAUAUGUGAAGUUACCCUGUACAUUAUUACAACAAAAACGUCCAAAGCAUGUAAAUAGUUAUUUACUGAAAGUUGUACAUUUUGCGUUUUAAUCAGUUAUUUCUUUAUUACAGUAUCAGAUCAGCAGACAGACCGCAGCAUAUUUAGUAUUAAGGACAAUAAACGUGCUCAUUCUGAAAUCUAAAUACAUAAUCAUGCUUUGUACUGUAUGUGCAUGCAAUAAUUUGCUAGUUUUGUAAUUAUGUUAUCUAAACUUACAAGUUACCUGAACUUAUUUAGAGAAAUAACGCUGACCGUCACAGAAUGUCAAACAAAACUUUAUUUAUACCCGUGUCAUUAACAAAUGCAACAGACACACUUACCUUAACGUUUUUUAUAAAUCCAUUAUCCUGCCCGAUUAAAACAUAAACAUUGGAAAUAACACCAGAAUUAACUAAUAAUUAACGUACACAUAUCCUAAAAAUUAACCUUGUGUAACUGAUACGCUGUAAAGGGGGUAAAUUUUGAUCAUGAUUUUGAAUGGAAGUCAAUGACGCUCUCUGCCGGUUGGGUAUACCAAGAUGGCGGCUCGAACUCUGCGCUGGCUUCACCUCACGCAGUUACGUCAAGCGUUCUAUGCGCAAUCCAGUCAUUUAUAUAGAUCAGUGGGUAUAACACACAUCAAAGUUUGAUUUUACAUUGAUUUUAUGAUCUUACUUUCAAAGAUAUCAUGGUUUUAUUUUCA